AUGAAGAAGCAAACCUCCACUGUGUUGGGGAAGAAGGAAACCUCCAUUUUAGAGGAAUAUAAUAUCAAUUGGACUCAGAAACUGGGAGCUGGAAUUAGUGGUCCAGUUAGAGUCUGUGUGAAGAACUCUACCCAAGAACGGUUUGCACUGAAAAUUCUUUUUGAUCGUCCAAAAGCUAGAAAUGAGGUACGCCUGCACAUGAUGUGUGCCACACACCCAAAUAUAGUUCAAAUUAUUGAAGUGUUUGCAAACAGUGUACAGUUUCCUCACGAGUCUAGCCCCAGGGCUCGACUCUUAAUUGUAAUGGAGAUGAUGGAAGGGGGAGAGCUAUUUCACAGAAUCAGCCAGCACCGGCACUUUACAGAGAAGCAAGCCAGCCAAGUAACAAAGCAGAUAGCUUUGGCUCUACAGCACUGUCACUUGCUAAACGUCGCGCACAGAGACCUCAAGCCUGAGAACCUGCUUUUCAAGGAUAACUCUCUGGAUGCCCCAGUGAAGUUGUGUGAUUUUGGAUUUGCCAAAAUUGACCAGGGUGACUUGAUGACACCCCAAUUCACCCCUUAUUAUGUAGCCCCUCAGGUACUAGAGGCACAGAGAAGGCAUCAAAAGGAGAAAUUUGGCAUCAUACCUACCUCGCCAACACCCUACACUUAUAACAAGAGCUGUGAUUUGUGGUCCCUCGGGGUGAUUAUCUAUGUGAUGUUGUGCGGAUACCCUCCUUUUUACUCCAAACACCACAGUCGGACUAUCCCAAAGGAUAUGCGGAGAAAGAUCAUGACAGGCAGUUUUGAGUUCCCAGAGGAAGAGUGGAGCCAGAUCUCAGAGAUGGCCAAAGAUGUUGUGAGGAAGCUUUUGAAGGUCAAACCAGAGGAAAGACUCACCAUCGAGGGAGUGUUGGACCACCCCUGGCUAAACUCGACUGAGGCCCUGGAUAAUGUUCUGCCCUCUGCUCAACUGAUGAUGGAUAAGGCAGUGGUUGCAGGAAUCCAGCAGGCUCAUGCAGAACAGUUGGCCAACAUGCGAAUCCAAGAUCUGAAAGUCAGCCUCAAACCCUUGCAUUCUGUGAACAACCCCAUUCUGAGGAAGAGAAAAUUACUUGGCACAAAGCCAAAGGACGGUGUUUAUAUCCAUGGCCGUGAGAAUGGAGCCGAGGAUUCUAAUGUUGCCUUGGAAAAGCUCCGGGAUGUGAUUGCCCAGUGCAUUCUCCCCCAGGCUGGAGAGAAUGAAGAUGAAAAGCUGAAUGAAGUAAUGCAAGAGGCUUGGAAGUAUAACCGAGAAUGCAGACUCCUAAGAGAUACUCUGCAAAGCUUCAGCUGGAACGGUCGUGGAUUCACAGAUAAAGUAGAUCGACUAAAGCUGGCAGAAAUUGUGAAGCAAGUGAUAGAGGAGCAAACCACAUCCCAUGAAUCCCAAUAAUGACAGCUUCAACCUUUGUUUUUUUACAAUUUGAAAAACUAUUCUUUAAUGUAUAAAGUAAUUUUUAUGUAAAUUAAUAAAUCAUAAUUUCAUUUUCACAUUGCUUAAAGAUGCUGUAUAGAUUUAGAUAUGGUAUUUACUGAUGAUAUAAUUCAUUUGUUUUUAAGAAAAGCUCAGUUUCUAGAGAUAUAUACUAUUACUUUAGGACUGUCUAGUGUUUGUAAGAUGACAGAUAUUAUAUCAAGCAAGAUUGUUUUAUUUGUAAUAAAGUAUAUAAAAACCACUUGUCAGCGGUAGACCAACUAUACUGAUCUUUCUGCUUAGUAAACAGCUGAAUCAAAUACUGUGGAAUUUGGUUUCAAUUGCCCUGUGUAUUUACUUUCUGCAGUAUUGGUAGAUUUGCUCUGAUGCCAAGAAAUGUUUGUGGAUCCAUGUUGCAGACGUCUGCUGAAACUCACAAGAUGCCAUCUCCCAUGAUACAAGAGGCAGGGAGCUGAGCUGUCAUUUCUGUUGUCCUUAAUUCCCAAGAGAAAAGUGGUAACACUUUUUUUGGUCAUAUUUGUUAAAAGGUAUUGGCGUGAUUCUUAAAUCUAAUGGGUUCUCUUUUGAGUUUAUUCUUUCUGUUUAAUCAGAGUUUCAGUCUCCUUCCCGAGACCCCCGUUCGUCCUCUGCUUCCUGGCAGCCCCACCAGCUCCCUUGCGUAUUUCCGUCCCUGCUCUCCCGGCCCUCAUGGGAUGGUUUUUCUGAGAAGGUUACGUUUCAUGAAAAGUGGACCAUUGGACUAGCACCUGAGAUGGUCCAGUUUUUAUUUUGUUUUCUCUUACAGCUGCCCUUUUUCUCGGUAAUGUCCCUGCCGAGCUUUCACGUGGGCAUCCUCUGGGCUUCCUUUAUUUUGUUCUGCCACCUUCAUUUUCAGGAAGCAUGCCUCUGGCCUAGUGCAGCUGUUUGAACAGAAAUCAAGGCUGGGUGCUUUUCUGUUUGUUUUUUUUGUUUUGCAAAUGGACUUCCAUAACAAACCAUGUUUAUUUAGUUAUUUUUUUUAGCAGUUUAGCUGUGUUCUUAAAUAGAAGAGCUAAUAGGCAAACUCCAGAUUGAAGAGCAGGGGAAAAAGGUCAGUAGGCUCAGAUACUGAGUUUUAUUCCAUCGCAUUUUCGAUCAAAAGCCGUCCCACAAAGCUAACCUAUUUUCUGAGUAUGUCAUCAAGGUGACAUUUUGUUAGUAUACCCCGUAUAUGUAUGUUACUCUGGAAAUAUAUGAUGAUAAUACAAAGUAUCUUUUAAGAAUUA